AUGAAUUUUUUGAAUAGUUGUUGCGCUCGCUUAGGUGGUGUUAAUUUUUGGACAACUCCAUGUUGCCGUGGCGGUAUCAAGUCGUUGCAACUAGUGAACAGCGACAAUCAUGGCCUCAAGAACAAUACGUGCAAUGCAAGAAACGCUGAAAGGUUGCCACCGAGGGCGUGCACAGGGAACCGACGUAUAUUCUUUGGACCAACAAUAGGCACACAAGUACGAUUUUGUAAAGAAUACCCGCGUCUACACCGGGACAUUGACUUUCCCAAUUUUGAUGAUUAUAGGAAAUCUGAAUACAAAGAUGUGCGAAAAACUAGUUGGGGCUCAGGUGAUGAUAAACCAGGAUACGUGUACGUUAUUGGACUUUUUGGCCUACUCGCUUCGGCGUACGGCACUAAGGCUCAUCUGGUCCAAUACGUUCUCUUCAUGGAUGCUCCUGCAGACGUCCUUGCUCUCGCUACCAUUGAAGUAGAUAUAUCGAAAGUCUUGCCAGGUACUUGCAUGUCCAUAAAAUGGCGGGGAAAACCACUGUUCAUCAAAAAUAGGACUACUUCUGAAAUAGACCGUGAGAAUAAGACACCACUAUCUUCGCUACGUGAUCCGCAGACGGAAGCAGAGCGCACGCAACAAAAGGAGUGGCUUGUGGUCAUCGGCAUCUGCACCCACCUAGGAUGUGUGCCCAUUCCGAACACUGGCGACUGGCCUGGUGGAUUCUACUGCCCUUGCCAUGGCAGUCACUUUGAUAACUUGGGUAGGGCCAGGAAAGGGCCAGCCCCCACAAAUUUAGAAAUACCACCGUAUAAAUUUAUCUCCAGUACGCUUCUUCUUGUAGGCUGA